AUGCUGCUGGUGCUGGUUCCAUGGCUCGUCGUGCUUGCGCGGUCUGACGAUGCCCAGCUGGUCGAGGUGACUUGGAGCCGAAGGCUCAAUGCAGGCACAGCUGCGCCAGAACUUGAAGUAGAGCUGUCAAUCCCGGCAGCGACGUUGCGAAUACACCUGUGGCACAAUCGCGCGUUGCUCCCAACUUCUGCCGAACAUGUUCUGCAUUUCCGCGACCGGAGGGAGGUGAUCCCUUUGCCCCAGAACUGCUUCUACGUUGGAGAGGUCCUGGGAGAAGCUUCCAGAGUCGCCCUAUCCACCUGCGAGGGUGGUCUCUCGGGCAUGAUCUUCCGGCAGAACCACACGCUGCGGCUUGACCCCGCGCAGGCCGCACAGGCAUCGAACAGGAAGUUGACAGGAAGCGGCAGCCAUUGGCUUCGCACCCUCGAAGGCCAGCCGACGCUGCAGUCAGUCCAGCGGUUCCUGCGCUCAUCCCCUACCAGGAGGCUUAGCAGCUCGACCAAGUACGUGGAGGUCCUGGCUGUCAACGACUUUUCGCGGUACACUUCCUUCGGAGGGCAAUCGGGGCUGCAAGCUCUUGCCGCCCACACAGUCGCAAUGCUCAACGCGGUCACCACAAUAUACCGUGCAGCACCCACGGCUGGAUCCUUCCCUUACCCCGUGCAGGUGGUCUUGGUUGGCCAGCACACUUUCCUGGAGGAAGACCCCUGGCAAGCGAAGUUCCAGGACAACGCGGAGGCUGACCAAGAUGCUCGACAGCACUUAGUGACACGCUGUGAUGCUUUGUUGCUAGAGGAGUUUCUGACCUGGGGCUCUUUGCAGAUGGCUGCAGGCUCCCUGCCCCAAAAUGACAACCGGGUGCUCUUGACCGGGCGAGAUCUUUUGGGCAGCACUGUUGGUUUUGCUUGCCUCUUAGCACCGGUGUCUUCGAUGUGUGAUGUGGCGAGGUCAGGAUCCAUCAACAUGUGCGGCACGAACGAUGCAGAUUUGCCCGGCUGCGCAGCGGUGGUCGCUCAUGAGAUGGGCCACAACUUCGGCAUGUCCCACGAUGCGGGGACGACCGCCUGUCCAGAUUCCGGCUACAUCAUGGAAGCUGUAGGUGACAGUGUUGCAGCGACGCAGUUCACGGAGUGCAGUGUGUCAGACAUCACGACCUUCUUCUCUCAGGUCUACAGCAGGAACUCGGAAUGCUUGGAGAACCAGCCUCUGAAGGUUUUUGGAGACCCGGUGUGCGGCAACGGCUUCAGGGAGGAGGGAGAGGACUGUGACUGCGGAUCGCCUUGCAACGACCCGUGCUGCGAUGGCACGACUUGCAAGUUUGCAGACCCCAGCUACGAGUGCAGCGAUGCCGUGGCUGCUUGUUGCGAGAACUGCUUGAACGUGACGGCAGCGGCCCAGAAGGUGUGCAGGCCUGCGCGCAACACAUGCGACCUCCCGGAAGUUUGUCCCGGUGGCACCUCCAGCUGUCCAAAGGAUGAGUACACCUAUCCGGGAGCUAGCUGCACUCUUUCCUCGAAUGGGGCUUCCUAUCCUGGCUUGUGUGCGCUCGGAAGCUGCAAAAGCAUGCGCUACACUUGCGAAGUGGACGUCACGCGCGAUUUCGAGGGAAGCUGGGACCUUUCCGAGCCUUGUGCGGCCUUCAACGACGACUGCACCACCGUGGUGUGCCAUGACGCAUCUGACAGCUCUGCGGCUGCGUGCGGGCAGCGCUUCAGUGUUCAUGGGUCCCAGAUGGCCGUCCCUGACGGAACGCCAUGUUGGCAUCCCAGCGAGCCGAAGGGCUCUCGCGGCGGCAUGUGCUUUCAGGGCCACUGCUCACGAUCGGAGAGCUUGGCACUGGUGCCUCUCUGUGGAAACGGCGGUAUCGACUACGGCGAGGAGUGUGACUGCGGCACAACCGGCGAUGAUUGCUGCGACUGCGCCACCUGCCAGCUGAAAGCUGGAAGCGCUUGUGCUGGGACCGACCCGCUCCUCUUGCUGAAUGAAGACAGUGACGCUCGCAGACGAAGCCUGCAGGUAAUAUAG